AAACGCGAAGAUUUUUUAUUUUUACUAUGAUGAGAAGGAGUGUUUGAUCUUUUUGUUUUCUCGCGAUGAUUGAUCGCGAGACUCGAAUUAUUGUGCACACAUUUGCCCCAAAGUUGUACAAACAUCGAUGACUCGUCCGGAAAUUUGGUGCACGCAACUUUCGGCUUGUUUGGCUUAUUUCUUUGGGAAGGGGAGCGACGAAAAGCUCCCGAAAAUCAGUUGCUGCUUCAGUUUUUAAGCCGAAUUUAUAAGCUGCGGAACUAGUAAAUCGAGCUAUGAGGAGACACCGUUUGAGAGCUUUGGCGACGCCUAACUUUCAUCGUUUUCAUGUCAGAGGAACACGCCCGUCGACACAGGAUACUCAUUCCUCGUGGCACGAUCGAAUGAAAACGAAGAUUCUGAAUUGCAUCUUCGGAAAGUGGAAAAAGUACUUGAGUGUAUUGGUCCAUCUGGUGGCCCUGCUGCUACUGUCGCGCAUGGUGGUGCAGGAAACGAAACAGUAUAAUGACAAGCCAACGUCAACUGCAGUCGAGAAUGAUGCGUACCCGGUGCGGAACAUCAAUUUUCCAGCGAUUGGACUGUGCAAUUUGAACCUCAUAAGUAAGAAAAAAGUGAGCCAGUAUGCCAGACAAUUAUGGGGUCAGGACAGAGUCAGGAAAAUCGGUAACUUGACUUUAGAAAGAUUGGAAAAAUUGCUGACGUUCUUAGGCCAAGUCUACUCAUUUUCAAGUCUGGAGGCCAACCCUGGCGAUUUGAAUUUCACCCACCACAUUUUAAACGUCGCAUACAACAACGAGUAUUUCAUGUGGAGAGUAAUGGACCAUCUCAUGCCACACUGUCGAGAUUCUCUGGCUUACUGCAGUUGGAAAGGUGAGAUUCGAGAUUGCGAGGAAUUGUUUGUACCGCGUUGGACUCAGGAUGGCAGUUGUUGCACGUUCAAUUAUCUCCGAUGGACGGACACGAUAAGCACCGACGGUAAAAGUGAUUUCGAUUGGCACAUGGAAAAGUUGAAAUUCGCGACCCCCUCGAACGGGCUAAGAGUAUACUUGAAUCCUCACUUCGAAGACAAUUAUUACAGUUAUUUGCCGGCACGUGGCUUCAAAUUAUUUAUUUUCACGGCCACGGAUUAUCCGGACGAGCCGAGUGGCUCGAUGAAGGGAAUUCUUCUCAAACCCGGCACCGACAAUUACCUCAAAUUGAAAGGCUCUGCCUUCUAUUCGUCCGAGGAUGUCAGAGCAUUUGACCCAAGCAAACGUGGAUGCUUGUUCAGUACCGAUCGCUUUCACGAAUACGGUGGCGGCUAUUCUUACAGUCAGUGCUUAAUGUUGUGUCGAUCGCGUGACAUUGUCAAAGCCUGUGGAUGCAUUCCAUUCUUUUAUCCGUACACGAAGGAAAUGAACAGUGUGAAGGAUUGCCAAAUCAGCGAGAUGAAAUGUCUCCGAAAUAAUCGAAAUAAAUGGUUCCGCGUCGAACCGCUUCCAACCGAUAACGUACAAGCAUGGAUCCCACGAGAGGCCUCCACCCGCUGCGACUGUCUCCCAACGUGCGAAACCCUCGAUUUUCAGGUUGAAAUGACUGGCAGUGAUAUUCGUCACAGCGAUAUCGACCUGGUCGAGUUUGUAGGAGACCACCAUUGCGAUAACGUCUCGAAAGACAGCAUAUUGCUCACCAUCAGCUUCAAUCAACCCACGAUUUUACGGUUGAAACAGGACGUCAUGUACUAUUGGUACGAUUUAUUGAGUAAUUUUGGCGGAUUGUGCAGUUUGUUUCUUGGUAUCAGCAUCUUGACGCCCAUAGAAAUGAUCUACGAGUUCUCACUCCGAAUCUGGGGGAAAGAGAAAACGCCUGACAAGUCCCGAGCCCGAGGCCGUGCACCAACGAUCGUCGAACCCAUGAAAAUUCAAGAUCCAUCCUUGUACUGGAGAGAAAUGAUACGAAGGAAAUGCGAUCCCGUUCAAUCGGCUCCAGUUUCUUCGUAAUAACGACUCACACUUCUCUCAAGAAUUUUCCAAGUUUUUUCAGUCCACUAAGAAAAACAUGAGCAAUAAUCAACGAGUCCCUGAAGGGGGAAAACGUGAUGGUUCGUGAGUAUUGCGCUCGACGACUCAAGGCUGAAUGGAAUUGGUAUUUAACGCCACACAUCAGACGUUACGAGAUGACACAGUGGUUUAAAAUGAUGAUUUAAUUGUCGUGUUAUAUCGAGUGUGGGAGAAAAGUCAACGUGGUUGAAUAAAUUUAACGGAAAAAUCGA